UAUCAUAGGAGAAAGGAAAAUGGAAACUGCAGCUCAGAAUAUGAUUUGGGAAAGUGUUAUCAACAACAAUAAGGAUACAUUGCAAAAAUUGUUGAAAUGUGGAGUCGAUCCUAAUAUUACUGAUGCGAAUGGAGAACCUCUGAUUUUUACCCUUAUUGUUAAUGGGGAUUUGGAAUCACUGAAGAUGCUAUUAGAUUACUGUGAUGUCAACACUGAAAACGAAGAUGGGAGAACUUCUCUGAUGCUGGCUAUUGAAAUGGACGAUAUGGAGACGAUCAGAGUUUUAAUCAAAGCAGGUGCUCGUGUGAACAAGAAAGAUAAUUCCGGUAAAACUCCUUUGUUGUUGGCUUUGGAGGAAGGAAAAUUCAGAAUCUCAGAAUACCUUAUCAAACACGGAAGUGAUGUGAAUGAAAUGGAUGAUCUUGGUCAAACAGCCCUACAUCUUGUUGCCACGGGGCAACAUAAUGACUCUACAAAAAUUGUUAAAAUCCUAUUUCACUGCGGAUAUAUGAUGAAAGAGGCAGAUAAGUGGAUAUGCCCUGAGGACCUGAUAGGCAAUAAACGUCUUCAGUCCAAACAAUCCAAAAUACUUCAUAAAAUCAAAGCGAUCUGGAAGAUGAUCACAAGAGAGGACAAUGUGAUAACAAGAGGCUCCUGAAGGGCAUUUUACAGAACUCUUCUGCACCCUGCAGAUAUGAUAUAGAAGUCAAUGAGAACUUGCUUAGUGUGGACGAUCUAAUAAGACAGAACACACCAAAUAGUACUUUCGAGGGACACCAUCUCGGUUCUCAAAAGAUUGUGACCCAUUUGUCCAGCCCACCUUUUGUCUUCUGGUAUAUACCAAUACCAUAAGAACUAUACAUAGAUCAUGAAUUGCAGAACAUUGGGUAUCAAGAAGACAGAGGAAAACUAUGAAGGCUGCUAAAUCUUGGAACAACCUAAUAUUUGCUGACGAUGUCAGACGUUGAGGAAGUAUGUGUCAUUGUGGAUUGAGAGAUAAAAUGAUACAAAGAAGUAUUUGUUUUUGUACAUCUUGUACUGAUUGCUACAAGUUUAGAGGUAUUUUUAGCAAUUCAGUACAGUUCCAAAUGCAUUGACGUUGAUAAACUUAAUAAAACACAACAA